AUGAGCGACCAGGCCGGCUCUUCUGAAACCCCUGGAGCCAGUGAACAGGCGCCUGCUGUUGGGGAGGACCAGGGCUUUCACUGUUUCGUGUGCGGGAAGGGGUUCAGGUGGGCCUGUCUGCUGAAGAGGCACCUGCGAGUUCACACCGGGGAGAAACCGUUCGAGUGCAGUGUCUGCCAGAAGCGGUUCAGUAAAUCCAGCAACAUGACAAGGCACCAGCGCUUUCACACGGGGGAGAAACCCUUCGAGUGCAACGUCUGCGCAAAGCGGUUUUCUACGAGCAAUGAAUUGAGAGUUCACCAACGCAUUCACACGGGGGAGAAGCCUUUUGAGUGUGCCGUGUGCAAGAUGCGUUUCUGUGCCUCCAGCAACCUCACUGUUCAUCAACGCACUCACACUGGGGAGAGGCCAUUUGAGUGCACUGUGUGCUGCAAGCGCUUUUGUACAUCUCGUGACCUGACUGUGCACCAACGCAUCCACACUGGGGAGAAGCCAUUUGAGUGCAGCGUGUGCAACAAGCGGUUUUACAGGUCAAGUCAUUUGAUACAGCAUCAGCGCAUUCACACUGGAGAGAAGAGAUUGUAA